CUGGGUUCAAUUACCCUUAACUGCAUUCUUUUAUUUUGGCCAUAAAUAUAAAAUGGGACAGGUGUCACUCCCAGAACGCACGAAUUGAUGACGUGGCUUCACGGUAGAGAGGCGAACAUUUCUUUAUAUAUAUAGAUUUGCUAAGAACACAGAGGCCAUAACACAUGCACCCCCAUUUUUUCUCUCCUAGCCCUACCUUCUUCGCAAUCCAAUUUCCAUGUUGUGCUUGCCUCUCCAGUGUCGUUUGGUGCUGUGAGAGGGCUCGUCCCGACCCCAUCACAUCCGAUCUUUUCACCGGUGUGAGUGUAUGUGGUGAAGUGUUUCCGUUCUGGCCGUCGUUUGCGCAAACGACGAUUUUCCUUUGCGAGUUGAGAAGAUUUUGCGUUCUUUUAGCGACUGAACCAUCACUUGUAGCUCUUCAUCACCGCUAUGGAGGUCGUCUCUCCUGACUACGGUUGCACCCUGACUGUGUGGGUCCCAACAAAGUUUUUGGCCAUCUCCUUCAAAGACUUCUGGGUAUGCGACGCCUGAGCUUGAGUUUUUAGAAACUCAGACCUGGAUAUGAUGAUGACUUCAUUGUCUUUCCAUUGGAUCAAGAUUAGGUGGUUUUGCUAUUGAGUGAUGCAUUAAUUUAGCUCUUUGUCCCUUUUUUUUGUUGUUGAUAUGGUGUCGCUUGUUAAUAUGGAUUUGAUUUGCAGGUUGCAUUUGGUCGGCGAAUGGAGGUUUUUUGUAUUUUUGGAUUUUCGAGUCACAUUUUGCGGUUAGAGGAGGUAGUAAUUAAGACUCAGGAGAUGGUGAUGCUGUCCCUUUCUCUUUACCGACUUAGAAGAUGAGUGUGGUUGAGUUAGUUGAGCGCUAUUAAACACAUGUUUGUGUUGUCCCGUCUUUUGUUGGAACUUGAGUUCAGUUCAUUAUCCUAGCUCGGACCUUGAGGGAAAGGAUAAUUCUUGAGCGGGUUUAAUUAUGCCCGAGGAAAGCAAUUUGUUUAGGCAACCGUUUGAUCAGAUUCUUGCUAGCGUUGUGUUCCUUAUGGUCUGGUUUGUCAGAUCUCUCCGUUUUUGCUCGUCUCGGCCAAUCUAUCAUCCGGUUAUUCAAGAUUUUAUCGUUAUUUGUUGUCAUUCGUUCCAAAGCAGAACGGUUUCAAAUCUAAUUGUUUUUGUUUCCAUGUAUUUUACCUUAUUGCUAUGAAAUCAAGUUUAGAAGUCUUACAUUUUGUUCAGCAAAUAUUGUAAGUCUCAACCAUUCAUUUUUUGAAAUGAUAUUUACAAUUUAGUAAAAACAUUGCUAUAUAGUUCCCUUCCGUCUAUAACUCUGCCAAAAUUGAAUCCAAUACUACUAUCACCAUACGACUCAGUAAAUUAUAAACCUCAAAUAUUAAUAAGAUUUUCCGUAAAAAAAAAAGCAGAAAUAUUAAUCACUUUUAGUAGCAACGUAACCAUAACCAAAAUUAAGUUCAGAACUACCAUAUCUUACUAGUAUAUAUCAAUUCUUUAAAGCCCAUCGCACUGAUAUUGAAAAUUACAAUGUUUUGGUUAAAAAAAUAUCAUGAUAGACACCAACCUGAUGCAUUAUUGAUGUUAUAAGAUUCCGACCUCUUGAUACAAAACUAAAAUAGUAAAAUUCAAAUUAUCUAUCCGCUCAAUUUAUACAGUGAUAUUUGAUAUUGUAUUAUGCUAUAAUGUAUGAAUACUAUCUUUUAUUAUUUUUAUUUUCUAUUAUUCAAAAAAAAAAAUGUAUGAAUACAUUAGCAAAAUCAGUUUAUCUUUUUCUCGACAAAUUCUGUCUGUUAUCAUGGAAUUCAAAAGACUGAUUAUUCGAAAAGUUAUUUGCACUGGUUGAACAUUGAAUCUAGACCUAAUUAACGAUUCCUAAGAGAAAAGAAUUUUGGACUUAAAAAUAUUAAACUGAACGCCGAAGAAAGCAUGUCAACUAUCAUCAUGAUUCAUGACUAAAUGACUCAGAAAAAUGAUUUGGCAUUAAAGUAUGAACUUAUUCUACAAACCGAUAAUAAAAAAUUAUAAAACAAAUGAUCAAAGUUGAUGAAAAGUAAGAAAUACAAAUCUAAGCAAACGAAAGACAGACUCUACCUGCGUUGACUAGUAACCAACUUAGUGUAUGUGGAUGGUUGAGAAGUUCGAACAUUUAUUUUGUAGCAGUUAAAUUUUAAAGAUAAGGCGAUAAGAUCAAGGAACAUACGACACACCAAGGACAUAUUCAUUCUACAGCUUACCUAGCUCGUAUGAUUAACAAAAAGAUAACAAAUCGUAUCAUUUCACUCCAACAUGAACCGGAAUCACCUCUGUCCCAUAGGAAAAAAUAGACAUUUAAAUCCCUAACUAUUUGAAAUCAGCAAGUUUAAUACCAAAAUAUUACUUUCACGAUUUUAUUUUUCAACUUAUAGUUUUGACUUAGCAAAUUAGUGACUUAAAACAUCAGCUGUUAAAUCAUAAACAAGUUUCGUUAGUUUUAUAUCAAUUAGCUUUGAGUGUUGACAAAAAAACUUCAGAAAAAACAAAAGAAAACAAUUUUUUCAAGUGAAAAUUUUUUUGGUUUAGUGUUGAUUAAAAUAAUCUAUUAAUUUUUAUAAAUAAGUUUAUAAAAAAGUGAGUUGACAAAAAAAAGUUUAUAAAAAAGUAUACCACAAAAAGACCGUUUGUCAAUGUUUCCAAUGUACACAAUAAACAAAAAGAACAGAUAUACAUAUACUUGUUUGUUGUAAAACUAUUUUCGUAGUUACUUUAUAUUUUUUUCUCACUAAAGCUUGAUCCGCACACCCGCGCGGGUAUUUAUUCUUGGUUUGAAAAAAAAAUAUUUAUCUUAUAUAAAUGGUAAUAUAUGUUUUUAAAAUAUAUAUAUAUAUAUAAUAAUUAUUUAAUAUAUUUCUAAACACAAUCAUUUUAAAAUUUAUAAUGAAUAAUUUUAUUUUAUUUUUUGAUCCGUCAACUGUUACAACCCUAUUUUAAAAAUAUAACUCGUGUGUUCGUGCAAAUGUAUUUUUUAUGGAUCAAAAUUUUAAUGUAAAAUAAAAUAGUUAUCUAUUUUUAUAUUUGAUUUAUACGAUUAAAUAAUUCAAUAUAUUAUUUAAAAUUUUAUGGUUUAUAUUAUGUAUUUUUAUAACACUUUUAUGUUUUUUAGAUGUAGUUAAUAUACCAAAAUAAAAAAUAACCACCCGUAAUAACAAAAUCUUGUUACAUUUUUGACAUAGAUUAAGUAUAAUUUAUUGUUUACCCAGAUUAUAGGAAACAUUUUUUAAAUAAAUAAACAUAAUUUGUUAUACUUUAUUUUAGGAAAAUGUAUUAAUUAAACUAUAAAAGACAAUAAUACUAAAAAGUAGGUAAAUUUAUUACUUUAGUGGUAUUCAAAUGUAAAUAACUUUGAAAAGUAAGGGGCAAUUUAUAGUACUUCUCUUUUAAUAAUAUAGAUGAUUGCAAAAAUGAUUUCAUUCAAAGAAAAAAUCUGUAAAGGUUUGCAAUUUUAUUAUAUAAAAUUAAAAGGUGAUAUAAAAAUAUUAAAGGUAGCAAGAAGGCCCACUUCUACAAAAAGCCCAUUAAAAUACUAACGAUCACCAGAAACCCAAUAAUAAAACACCAUUUUGCAGCGGUAAGAUUGGAGCCAUGAUCAAACCAUCUUCUUUGCUCAACUCCACCAAGAGCUUCAACUCUCUCAUCAACCAUCUCUCAUCUCAUGGAGCCCACCACCAAGUCCUCUCCACAUUCUCCUCCAUGCUCGCCAACCGCUUCCUCCCCGACGCUUUCACUUUCCCUAGUCUCCUCAGAGCCUCCGCUUCCCUUCGCCUCCUCUCCUUCGGUCUCUCGCUUCACCAGCAGGUUCUCGUCAAUGGGUUCUCUUCAGAUUCCUACACAUCGUCUUCACUCGUCAAUCUCUACGCUAAGUUUGGAGCUUUGGAUCAUGCUCGGAAAGUGUUCGACGAAAUGCGUGAGAGAGAUGUGGUGCACUGGACUGCGAUUAUUGGGUGUUACUCACGCGCCGGGUUCGUUGGAGAAGCCUUCUCUUUGGUUAACGAGAUGAGAUUUGAAGGGAUUAAACCGGGUCCGGUUACGUUGCUGGAGAUGCUGAGUGGUGUAAAGGAGAUUACGGAGUUAAAGUGUUUGCACGCGUUUGCUUUGGUUCAUGGGUUUGGUUGUGAUGUAACUGUGACGAACUCUGUGUUGAAUCUGUACUGUAAGUGCGAUUGUGUCGUAGAUGCUAAGGUUUUGUUUGACCAGAUGGAGAAGCGAGACAUGGUUUCAUGGAACACAAUGGUCUCAGGAUUUGCUUCUGUUGGUGAUAUGUCUGAAAUCUUGAAGCUUCUGUGUAGAAUGAGGGAUGUUGGUUUAAGACCUGAUCACCAGACGUUUGGAGCCUCACUUUCCGUGAGUGGAGCAAUGAGUGAUAUUGACUUGGGGAGAACGUUACACUGCCAAGUUGUGAAAACUGGUUUCGAUGUAGACACGCAUCUCAGGACGGCGUUGAUGACAAUGUACCUAAAAUGCGGAGAGGAGGAAGCUUCGUUUGGAGUUCUCGAAACGAUUCCUGAAAAGGAUGUUGUUUGCUGGACGGUUAUGAUAUCAGGGCUUGUGCGGUUGGGUAACGCUGAAAAGGCUAUGAAUGUUUUUGGUGAAAUGUUACAUUCAGGAACAGAGCUAUCGAGUGAAGCAAUAGCUAGUGUUGUAGCAGCUUGUGCUCAGUUAGGUUAUCUUGAUCUCGGCGCUUCAGUCCAUGGUUAUGCAUUGAGGCAAGGAUAUAAACUAGACACUCUUGCGUUAAACUCGCUUAUCACAAUGUACGCGAAGUGCGGCCGUUUGGACAAAAGCUUAGCUCUUUUUGAACAGAUGAAUGAAAGAGACUUAGUUUCAUGGAAUGCAAUCAUCUCUGGACAUGCCCAGAACGGAGAUUUGGGCAAUGCCUUAUUUUUGUUUAAAGAAAUGAAGUUCAAAACCGCGCAUGGAGUUGAUUCAUUGACGGCUGUUUCCCUUUUACAAGCUUGUUCAGCCUCUGGUGCUCUCCGGGUAGGGAGACUGAUCCAUUGUGUUGUAAUCCGAAGCUUUAUCAGGACCUGUACCUUGGUUGAUACCGCUCUAGUUGAUAUGUAUUUGAAAUGUGGCUACUUAGAAGCUGCGAGGAGGUGUUUUUAUUUGAUCUCGCGGAAAGAUUGUGUUGCUUGGGGCACACUCAUUGCAGGCUAUGGUUUUCAUGGCAAAGGGGAGACUGCUAUGGAAGUCUACUCAGAGUUUCUCCGAUCUGGAAUGGAGCCUAACCAUUUGAUAUUUCUAGCGGUUCUCUCAUCUUGCAGCCAUAACGGAAUGGUUCAGCAUGGCUUGGAGACAUUCUAUUCAAUGGUUAGAGACUUUGGUGUUGAACCGAGUCACGAACACCUCGCUUGCGUGGUUGAUCUGCUAUGCCGAGCCAAAAGGGUAGAAGAGGCUUUCAAGUUCUACAAAGAGAAUUUUACAAAGCCAUCGAUCGAUGUCUUGGGUAUAAUACUUGAUGCUUGUCGUGCAAAUGGAGAAACAGAGGUGGAAGAUGUAGUUUGUCGGGAUAUGAUUGAUUUGAAGCCGGUAGACGCUGGGCAUUACGUCAGGCUUGCACAUUCUUUUGCCGCGAUGAGGAGAUGGGAGGAUGUGAGUGAGUCGUGGAAGCAGAUGAAGUCUCUCGGCUUGAAAAAGCUCCCCGGAUGGAGCAAAAUCGAGAUGAAUGGGAGAACCACAACGUUCUUCAUGAGUCAUAGUUCGCAUUCAGAUGAGACUGCGUCUGUGUUGAAGCUUCUUAGCAAGGAAAUGAAACAAAUCAAAUAAUGCAACUGUAAUUACGUACAUAUCCUUUAUAGUUGCUAAAAAUAGGAUCAAGUAAG